AUGCCUCGCAACAGAUCCGUCGGCCACGCUCCCGCCCCCUCACGGGCACCCACCCGCCCGACGGUGCCUGCCUCGGGCCCCAUGCCGCAGCAGCAGCGCCCUGCCGCGACCAUGGCAGCUCCCACGCAGCACGCUCCCCAGCAGAUGGCGCCCGCGCCCUCGCCCGCGGCAUCACAGGGCCCCGGGCUUUUUGGACAAAUGGCCAGCACCGCCGCUGGCGUCGCCAUCGGCUCAUCCGUCGGUCACGCCAUUGGCGGCCUCUUCUCGGGCGGCUCUUCGGAACCCGCGCCGCAGGCCCAGGCCCAGGCGACGCAGCAGCAGCAGCAGCAGCAGCAGCAAUGGGGCAACAACUGCCAGUCCGCGACCCAGCAGUUCACAAAGUGCAUGGACGACAACGGCGGCAACAUGCAGAUUUGUAAUUGGUACCUGGAGCAGCUGAAGGCUUGCCAGGCCGCCGCGAGCCAGUACUAG